CAGACAGUUCUGGUCUCGUUUAGUUUGAAAACCCAAAACUGCAAACAUUAGAAUUUCUCGCUGUGAGCCAAGUGAACCUAGUUUUCAAAAUUUUUACGCUAUUCGUAAACGCUCUUUGCUCGCAUUGGCAGACGUCGGGAUCGGGGAUGCGAUCGAUGGAAUUAAUGUUAGGUGAUGAGGAAUGCAUUUUGAUUUCGCUUGACCAAAUUUGCCAAAAUUAUGGCUCAUCGACGAAUUAACCGGUUGUUUUCGUCUGAUACAUAUUCUUUCAAUUAGCCCUUAUUUUUCAACACUACCUAUUGACCUGAUUAUGGGAUAAAUGAGGCUGCCCCCAUGUUGAAGAUACCUGCACGUUUUAAGCAAUGUGACCUCAGUGUUUCCCUAGCGUUUGAUUAUUGUGACUGCAUUGUCAACAUGGGUACAAAAGCUGCUGCAUUUACAGCUAAGCUCCGUAGUCUCUAUGAUUACCAACUCAAGCUUGUACAGGGUAUUGUUCCACCCCCUCCCGGAGUUGAUAUAGCAAAUGUCAUAAAAUAUUUCUCCCAAACUCUUUUAAGUGUUCUGAAAGACGUCCCAAAUUCACCUUUCGAUCUGUUAAAAAAUCCCGAAAUGGAUUCAGUGCGUUUAGCACUGUUUCCAAGUCUGGAUUACAAGGCUUUAUAUUUCUCUCUCGUACCCAUGGUCGAAGUAGCUCCUUUCGUGACCAAUGGGCUUUAUGUUUAUGGGCAGGCUCUUCUUCAAUGUUUAGGUUGUUUGUUACCGUUUAUGGAGCAUGAUCUCAUCGAUAAUUUGCCUUAUAUAAUUGCAUCCACCACAGCGGUUCUACCUUCUAGUUUACAUCAAGACAUAAUAAACACUCUAUGCUAUUAUAUUCUACCUUUCACAAUCACUCGUCAUGACCCCAAGGAAGAUAACAUAUGCCCGUCUGUUUCUGCAGUUGUUAUGACCGUUUUUCAAUAUUCGUCAAAUCCAGCUCAUCACUGUCAACUGUUGGAGUGCCUCAUGACUUUCAAGCAAAAUAUUCUUAAAGAUGUUUUAAGCGCAAUUGCUUAUGGUACCUCCAACUCAAGAGCCUCCGCUGCAAAACUAUUGUUUUACUACUGGCCAACGUUCAAUGCCAAUUUAUUUGAUCGGAAAAAUUUAAUUUGUAAAUUUGCAGGUAAAUUGCUAGAGAAUUAUCAGUUGGGUCGGUUAGCAUGUGGUAAUUGUGUUGGGCUUUUAGACCCUACACCUUUCGUUUGCCAAAGAGAUGAAUGCCCGAAUUCCGGAAAUGCUGAAGCUGCAAAAGUCUGUUAUAAUCACUCUAUCGCCCUUACAUAUUCUACCGAUAUUCCUCCUCCGUUGUACUUAUGCAUCGAAUGUGCUAAUGAAAUUCAUCGUGAACAUCCUAAUCAACUUUUUUUUGAUGUUUUGCAUCCAAUGCAGCAAGUGUCGAUGGUGUGCGAGAAUAAGAAUUGUAGAUCGAAUGAUAAAUCAGCAAUAUCUAUAUGUUUUUCAACCGAAUGUGCCUCAUACAAUGGAAACCACCCAAUUCGAUAUUGCGAUCAGUGUCACAAUAACCGGCACAACUCUCGCAGGGGUGGAGACCAUAUUGUUCAUAAAGCGAUACCCCCAACUUGGGACAUGACUGCAGAAAUGCAAACCUACAUGGUCGAAGCAAUUGUUAGUUUAUUAAAGGAGGCAAAAAUUCCCGAAAAUGAAUAUAAAGACAUUGAUCGUAGCUAUUUUGAAGACAAAAGCGAUAAGAAAGAUCCCAAAGAAGCUAGAGACAAAGAAAAAGAUGGAAAAAGUCCGAUACCGACAAUUGACAAUAUUAGCAUAGAAGAGCGACAACUUUUAGGAAGAUAUGGCGUCUGGCUGUUGGUCGGCCGUUGUAAUCCUGAUGAAAACACUCAACGAGAAGUUUUGGGACGACUUUUAUCUAUGAUUUUUCAUUGGUUUCAUAUGACAGCGUAUUCAUACGAUGGUCGGGAAGAGAGUGCAUUGGAAAAACUUAAAAUGACAGACGUUUGCGGCUGGCUGCGAAAAAUAAGUAAAUCGCAUUACGAUCUUUUCAUAUCGUGCCUUUUACCUCAUCCGUCAGAUUAUGCCCGGAUAGGUGGACAUUGGGAUACAUUGGCGACAAAAACGACCCAUUUGAAAGAAGGUUUAGAUCGUCUCUUCUGCCUGGUGCCUUACGACGUAAUAACACAGGAAAUUUGGGACUAUAUAAUGCCUCACUGGAUGGAAGCCACUGUUGACGGAGUGCCAGAAAAAGAUCUAGCCGAGCUUAAAAUAAUUCUCAGUAAAAUUCUUGAUCCAGAUAUGAGUCCUUUAGGUUUCGACGCGAAGAAAAUGUACCAGUUUGUGGCUACUAGGUUUCUAAAAACCAACGCCAAAGUGCAGCAACAGGCCCUAAAAUGGCUCCAAACUUUAACUCUUCUAGAAAUUUCAAUACCUUUGCACUUGCUAUUUUCAAUUUUUGAAGACGGAAUAAUUAGUAUGAAGGAAGGGGAUGGCCAUAGCGAAACUACACCCAUUCAGCAACCUGCCGAUGUACCUACCACUACAGACUGCAAACCCGACACCUUUGAUAAAUUGAUGGCAGAAGACAUUCCCCAGUGCGAAGAUUCGCCAAAAACUUCAUCAGAUGAAGAAAAUAAUACGAUUGUCAAGUCAAAACUUGAGACACAAUCGGAGAACAAUUUGUCUUGCUGCAUUCUCAUGCUUGAUAUUCUGCUAAAACAGAUGGAACUGCAAGAGAUUGACAAGCAUACAGGUCUAAGUUCAUCUCUAUGCAAAAACGUUUGCUCCCUUUUGAAAAGCAUGAUAACGGCUGCCUGGAUUAGUUCUCAUGCAUGCUCUUCCAAAGCCGAAUGUACUCACUGCGAGUGCAGCAUAAUGUGGCAUCAACUCGCCUAUGAACUCGUUAUUUAUUUGUCACCGGUUACUCUGGCUCAUCCUCCUGAUCCUCCCUCAGAAACAGAUUCAGAUGAUAUUAAUAGUAGAAAAAGUCCACCUGAAAGCGAUAAAAAAGAGAAAACGAGUGAAAUGGUGCUAAAUAUGUCAAUACCAGAGGUGCCUUCAGUGGGAGGUGUAUUAGUUCAUAUGCCGCACGUGUGUUCUAUCAUGACAGCUACCGUUGAAACAGUCUCAGAACAGCUUGAUUUGGGAUCGAUAAUUCCCGCUGAAAAAGUGGUAUCUGCUGUCACCAGAGCGAUUACCUUAUCUGAAACUGAUUUAGCAACAGUGGCAGCGUCGGUCGGAAAGCUCCAACCUUCUGCUCUGAGCGAAACAAACGAGCAAUUAGAUUCAGAUUCAGCUGGAGAAGAUAUUGAUUUUUGGCAAACUUCUUUGGGAAAAUUCAAGUUUUCGUUGGACGACUUACCAGAACCUAUACAAUUUAUUCAUCAGUUACUUCUCGAGCUUUCAAAAGUUAUCAAACCCGACAUACUUUACUACAUGCUUAAAUGUCUGAAUAUUUUAAUACUCUAUGGAGAUGCAUGCACAAGAGCUUCGAAGGAAAAUAAAGGAUUUUUUAUUUGGUGCCAGGAACACCUUAUUAUUAAAAAUUUCUGGAACCUACUAAAUUCCGAGCACUCUCACAUAUGCCAAGAGGCUGUGCCACUGCUGCUUCACUGCAUAACGUUGCCAGCAGGACCAGAUGUAUUUUGGAGAGUAAUACAGGAUGACUUCCAUAAUCAAGAUUGGAGAGUACGAUUUACGGCUGUAGAAAGAGUGACCGUUUUAGCCCGAUUCAUGGCGGACUGUCCUCUAAGGAACCAAGUACAAUUGCAAGCAGCCCUAGCGAAUGCCUUUUGUUACCUGAUCUCUAGUAUGGACGACCCAAACGUGUAUGUGGCUCAGCGAGCUACUUUGUACUUGGGAACCAUCCACGAUUUUGCUAUUCGGGCAUUAAUAAUGUGCCUGGAAUCACAAUUUGAUUCAGUGAUUCUAGAUCGACCGAUGGUUCUGCAAUCGAUCUAUCAACUCCAUAACUCUUUAAGUGAGCGAAAGAUUUUAUGUUGGGAAUUUUUUCUUAGUCGUUUUGAUACUCUGUUUAUUGAAGCUCAAAUUGCCUUAGAAAAAACUGGUGAUAUUACGUAUAUAAGAGAUUUAAAAAAUACAGACGUAAACAGCGACAUUUUUAUACGAAAACUGCAUAGAGCUCACGAUGCGCUCUCCGGAUUAAAUGAAGGAAGUAUUGCGAGUUCCAUAAAGACGUUGAGCGCAAGUUUCGGGACUAAGUGGCCUUAUAAGCGUACAAUGUCCGCUCCUGCCUCAAUUAUCCGACAUCAGGAAAGCAAAUCAGUGUACAUCCCAGAAACAAAAGAAAAAGUGUAUAGUCGUCAAUAUUCAGCUCCAAUAUUGAAAAGAAAAAGUUCUCGAUUCGGAUUGGGUCAGUUUCUAAGCUCUAGUAACAGCAUUCCAGAUGGUCACAUGCAUUCUCUGAACGUUGUUGAUGAUCAAAACCUUACAACGUUCCUGCAAAGAAUUAUUGAACUGGAAGAGGCGGAUAAAGAGACAAUGCAUUUAUUAAUUUUCUUGCUGAUGCAAUUUCUAUCCAGAUCAGAUCAAGCGUACCCCGCAGAGGAAAAAACAUUAGGGCGAACUCAGACUAUCGUUUUGAAGCACUUGUGGUUACUUUUAGGCUAUACUCAAACAGACCGAGGCAUUCAUUUACCUCCUCAAAAUUUACGCGCAUCCCCGGCAUUUAACGUUUUUCUAGCGAAUUUACCCCAACUAAUGGAUCAAAAUCACUUAAUGGGAAGAAUAAUUUUUCCAACUUGCUUAAUUUUGUUGCAAUACGCACCCUCGCCAUAUUAUAUUUCGAGUGUGAUGGAAUUUCAACAACCGUUGUAUAGUUUGUGGACAUUGGAACCCCAUUCCCGAAAGAACUGGCUGAUGUCUUUAGUUGUGAUUUUAUACAAGUAUCAAUAUAAUCACCAACCUCACUGUAUUCAACUUACAUCCUUAAUAAGAAUCGUGUUAAAUACUUUGGACUCUCAACAUCAUCACUGUAGGAGAAUUCCUGCCACCAUCAUUAUGGCCCAACAAGCCUCCAGAUCACGGGACGUGAGUCAGCCAUCCUUGGGCACGGAAAUGGACCAUCCAGAGCGAACAACUCCUCCACUAUCUCCUAUGUACUCGUCCGACGGUCAAUCAAUUCAAGUAUCCUUAAGUUCGAAAGGUGGGAAAGUGCAUGUGUGCUAUACCAAACCGUCUUCAAUGACCAGCAUGGAAACUCAUUGGGAAGAAACGAAUCAAUGCGAGAAAUUAUCAGAUCGAAAAUGGGAAAGAAACAUUAAGAAAUGUUCGGAUAAAAUUAGCAUAGACGAUGAUACAGAAAGCGAACUGAUAGCUAUACCUGAGAGUGAUAUUUCUGAUAGCACUCUGCAAGGCAGCGUUCAAGAUUCGUUCGAAGAAGCGUUAAGUGAAAACUCUGGAGCUGGAAUAUACAAGCAACCAACAGAAAAGGUGUUAGUGAAUAGGUCUCCAAAAGAAACUGUAUCCAACCAAAUAGAAAUGACGAAAAUUACCAGCAAUCAAACCCGACCAGUAUGGAUUAUAGGGAGUGAAGAUGAAUCCACUCGAUCUUGCGAGAAAAUGCAGGAGAUUGCGAAGGCUAAAAUGGAUUUUAAUAAAAAUCAUGCUAAGAAUAAAUCGACAUUUACUUUGACAAAUGGAUCAAGUAUACCAAUGAAGUCUGUAGCCGCAACUUCUAAUAAACAGAUGGAUUCUAGAAGCGCUUCGAUGGGAAAACAUAAAAAAGCCAUGGAACAGUCAACUCCUCCUCUAUCAAUGUGCACAUUGGAUUACGAUAGCACUAAAAACAAUCAUAAUCCUCUGCCCACUCCGAGUGUAGAACGACUUCUGCCCAUCGGACCCAUAAAAUCACCUGAUUUGAUAGACGACGUGUUUUCUCCAUUAGAACCCCAGUUGGAAAUACCCAUGCAAGAAAGAUUACUCCCAAUAGGUCAACACACAAAGGAUAUUUCACAAUUAGUCGAAAAAGUAAAGCAGGUGUUGAAUAUUAACUCGAAACUGACGAGAAAGUCAGAUUUUCGAGAGAAAAAGCAAGAGCAGCCUAGCACCUCACAAACCCAUAGCCCAAGGAAAUUAAUCAAGCAAGUGGCUUUAGAAAGUCCACCCAACCUAUACGAAUCAGAUGAUAAUGGGAACAGUUUUGAACAUUAUUUGAAAUCCCUAAAACUCGACAAUACAAGAGAUAACAUCAUCAAUCACAGACAAAGAAUUAGGAAAUCUGGGUUUUCACCAAUGAAUUUGCAACAGAAACCUAAAGUUCCCGGAGGUUGGGUGGUCAACUCACAAACGCUCUCCCCUAAGUUAGAUACGAAUUACGAUGUAAAGCAAAGUGCCUACCGAAUAGGAGAUGAGUGUGUUAAGGAGAGAUGUUCAGAGUGUGGCACUGUAAGAGAAGUAUACAGUGACGAAGAAAUUGGACUUUGCAUAAUCGCUUUAGGAACAUUCAUUCAUCGAGAGCCUAGUCUUGCAGCUCCACUCUUGCCUGAUAUUUUAAGUAUAGUAGUCAAAAUUGCUACCAAUGCUUCUUAUCCGUGGCAAUACGAAAGCAGUGUUCAUCUGCCUGGGGGAGCAGUAAGUGUUGCACACCAAUUCUUGAGAUGCGUUUUACACCAACUUGCUCCUAAUGGAAUCUUCAUACAAAUGUUUCAAACGAGAACAUCAGACCAAGUCAGACUGCAUUUCUUUAAAAGCGUGAUCCAAGCAUUAGUCGAUUUUAACGAACUCAGCCCAGUAGCGCCUUUACAGCUACUUUUAGAAACUCUGAACUCCAAAAAAGCCCUGCCUACAGACAUGAUGCCCACGAUACUAUCAAACGUAGCAGUUUAUUUAAACUGCUUGCCGCUGGAAAAUGCUUUGGGCCCAACAACCCCAAUGUGGAGCACUGUUUUACAACAGUUGGAAAUUAUUUAUAGGAAAUUAAUUUUUAUGUUAAACACCAUUGACGAUGUCACACCCUUACUGAAUAUUAUGACUUCGAUUUUCAAAUUACCAUUGAUAACCCAAUUUAAGGGCAUUCUAGAUCCGUUCUCAAAAGUGCUCAGCUAUGCAAUUCAAACACAUUCGUUACGAUAUAAUCUCUUGGUUGAAAUAUGUUAUCUCUGCAAUAAGGCAUUUACCAAAGAACGAGAUAAAUUGAUUUUCAGCAGGAUGGUGGUAAUUGAAUUAGUACAAGUAUUGAAGUUUAAAACAACUAUUCCGGAUUCCAAUUUGUUAAUGUUGAUAAAUCUGAUUCUGCAGGACGUCGGUGGUUAUAUACCUUCAAAUGUUGUGAUAAAAGAUAACAAUUUACUGGCAUUAGAGGCCUCGACAGGCUGCAAUACUGGCGUGUCCGAAUGUAUGAAACUCAACCUUGUAGAUAUUUUAGAGUUCUUAUCAGAUUUUCAUACGAUAUCAAAAAUGAAGAGUUACUGCAAGGGAAUUGGUGUUGGUUUAAAUGAUGAUACUCUAGGAGGUAUCAUAAAAUGUAGCGUUGCACAAUAUUUAGCAUUAGAAAUAACAAAAGGCAAUGGAAGGGACAAUAGAGCUGUUACAAGAUAUUUUCCUUGGUUGUACAAUACUUCCGUAUCUCAGCAGAGUCCUCGAGAAUUUAUUGAAUGCAUAGGGCACAUAAGGCUUUUAUCAUGGUUACUUCUCGGGUCCCUCACUCAUACAGCUCUACAAGGAAUAAAUAGUAGCUCGAUGUUAAGCCAACCAAUUCCCCAAGAAGCAUCAUGCCAGAUAGCUGAUAACAUCCAAGUCAUAAUGUCUGGGUUUGCGGAUCAGCCAAAAGCGAGCGUUUUGCACAUGUCUUCCCUGUUUCAUGCCUUUAUUCUAUGUCAACUUUGGACUGUUUACUUGGAACAAAGCUUGGGUCAACACUUGCCCAUUACAGAAGCAUAUAAUGUUACAAUGAAUAUUUUGUUUGAUUUUUGGGGGAAGGUGACUCCUUCCAUUUUGCAGCUAGUUCAGCAAUCGAGAUCCCUGAGUGAAAUUGUGAGCUUGCACUUUCUAAGUAUGUUGGAAGCGCUUAUAGAAUGUCAGUCUACAUUUGUUGCGAAACUGCUGCCUUUAUGGACUCCAGUAUUAUCAUCGAAUCAAAUUCAGCUGCCAGGUCAUUUGUAUGUACGACUACAGAAUUGUCGAAACUUUUCUCCAUUGAUAUACCAGGAAAUAGCAAGUGACAAAGGCAAAAUUAACCAUCUAAAAAACCCAAUGUUACUCAAAUGGCUGCAGCGAUUACAAUUUAAAAUGGGUCAAAUAGAGCUGCAAUCAUCCACAGCUACACAAUUCUAUUCACUGUAGGCAAUGCUAUUCAUUAAUUAUCAGUAGGUUUAGAUUGUGUAGAUUGUUUCAUAUUGAACUUUUAAGUUGAAAUCCGUCUGAACUUCAGUUAACUGUCGCAUGUUAAAUCCUAUAUUUCCUCUGUUUAGGUAAUAAAAGAAAUAAACAGGUCUAUUAAUGGAAAUUUA